UCCCUCGAAAACAUCCAAAACAAAAGCCAAAUAUUCACAAUCCAGACUUUUGUCUCUGAACUCAUGUCUUCCUACAUUCUGACGCUCUGAAAAAACAAUUCAAAUUUACUUAUUUUGUUCUGUUCAAUCAUAUUCACUUUCACUUCACAAUUUUUCUGGUUUUUGUCGAGGUUUUACCCUCUCAUUUGCACGGGAAAAACAGUAAUUUAUAUUCACUCUCACUUUUGCAUUUCGUCGAAUAUGUGGAGUGCCCCAAAAGCAAACCCACAUUCUGAGUAAAAGUAUAAGUAUUGAUUACCCAAAUGGCUGGUGCAGAGGAAGAAUUGGAGAGGAGGAGUAAAUUCUUGAGUAGUUUGAUACAGAAGAAGAAAUCAGUGGUAGAAGAGCAGAAUCAUGAGCUCUUAAAUGUCCGAAUAAGAGCCUCAGAUAUGCCUAUUGCCCUGCAAAAUAAAGCAUUUCAAUGUGCAAGAGAUCUUCUUGACUCCCUGCCCAGUAAAAGGGUUGAUAGCAAACGCCUUGCUCUUGCUCUAAAAAAGGAAUUUGAUUCAGCAUAUGGGCCGGCAUGGCACUGUAUCGUGGGCACAAGCUUUGGUUCAUAUGUGACUCAUUCACUUGGAGGUUUCUUGUAUUUUUCAAUUGACAAGGUCUACGUCCUCCUUUUUAGAACAGCAGUUGAACCUUUACAGACUUGAUGCCAUACUGAUCUUUCUCCAAUAAAUGGAAGAUGUUGUCAGUUCUGUAUCUUUUUAAAAUGCUCAAUCAUCUAGCUUUCCCAAUUGUAAUUUUGUAAUGGGAUGAUCCUGUAUAAACAUCAUCUGGACUGUAGUUUUAGAUAUUAUGAAACUAUCUUGACGUGGCUUCUUAUACACCUUGUUUAAAUCUGUU